GCGCACGCGCAGCGGGCCUGGUUGGGCCCAUGGCGUUGGCUCUGCUCCGUGGGGGCCGGGCGGCUGCGCUGCUGGCCGGAGGGAGGGCCCGGAGCUCUGGACCCGGCCCCGGCCCCGGACCCGGACCCUUCCAGCCCCAACGCGUGGCCGUGGUCGCCAAAACCACCCGCUUCGAAUUCGAGCAGCAGCGGGGCGGAGAGCGAGAGGCGGCGCUGCGGCAGCGGCUUGCUACGAAGGGAUCCAGUUACUGUGGAUUGCUGGAGCGACACCACCGUCACACUGUGAACGUUCAGCAUGUGCUGGAUAGUCUCCGCAAGGAAGGCAUCGAGGUUCGCCUGGUGAAGCGCAGAGACUACACUGAUGAGACGGUGCAAUGGGCAGACGCCAUUGUCUCUGCUGGAGGUGAUGGGACGAUGUUGCUCACAGCCAGUAAAGUGUUUGGCCGGCUCAAACCCGUCAUUGGAGUGAACACCGACCCAGAGAGGUCUCUGGGACACCUGUGUCUUCCACUGAAGUACACUCACUGCUUUUCUGAUGCACUCAGGAAGCUUCAACAGGGAGAGUUCAGGUGGCAGUGGAGGCAGAGGAUCAGGAUUUGCCUGGAAGGGGUGGGGUUCAAUGCCACCCCUGUGGACCUGCAUGAACAGCAGCUGAGCCUGGAGCAGCACACUACGGCCCAUCGCAAGGCCACGAACAAUGGUGUGGGCAGUCGGGUCAGUGAUCAGUCCAAGCUGCUGCCAGUCAGGGCUCUCAAUGAGGUGUUUGUGGGAGAAUCGCUGUCAUCCCGGCCAUCGUACUAUGAGAUCUCCAUUGACAAUGGACCCUGGGAGAAGCACAAGAAUUCUGGUCUCAAUGUCUGCACCGGGACUGGAUCCAGGGCCUGGUCUUACAACAUUAACAAGUUGGCCAGUCAAGAGGUGGAAGAUCUUUUACUGAUCGCACAGGAGAGAGGCCACGUGGCCCUGCAGAUGGAUCGAGAUUCUGUGGAACAAGUCACCGACCACUACAAUGAUUCGCUGAUCUUCUCCCCCGAGGAGCCGAGGCUUUUCUUUAGCAUUCGGGAGCCCAUCGUAAACAGAGUGUUCACCAGCACCCUGCAUCGCGGCUUUACCAGCAAAAUGUCGAUUCGCUCCAGGUGCUGGGAUGCCUGUAUGGUGGUAGAUGGAGGGACCUCGUUCGAGUUCAACGAUGGAGCAGUUGCCACUUUAACUGUGGAGGAGGAGGACGCUUUGUGCACAGUGCUGCUGGAAGAGUGAAUCCCUGCCAAAGGAUGGGACUACUGAACCUGGAUUGUGUGGUGCUUGCCUGACCUGGAGCCAGGGUGGUUUGGUGUAGUGUGGGUUUGACCCUAAGCAAGAAGCUCACUGGCAGGUGUGUGCCAUUUACACCGCUCCUGAGCUGUGCCCUGUCUGGACAGGAAAUAUUUUAUCAGCUUGGACUGAGCCUUUACCUCAUUCACUGACCUAAGCAGAGGGAGGGACUGGAGCCAUCAAAAAGGAAGCUGAAUAAAGCAUUAUUUUUAAAUACUC